CACUAGCAAAUCCGAGGAGAGGGAAAAAGGUUAGAGGCGGGAGCGCUACGCUGAUCCCGGAACCUGAGUCCUCCGUUCGCCAAGCCACCACCGCGCCCUCCUCCCUUGAUUUCAUCGCUUUUUCGCCCAAUCAUUCAAUUAAUGUCUCCGUCGCGAUUCUAAAUCUAAUUCGCCGAGGCAGGAAUCCGAUACCGAUCUUCGUCUCUCUGAUUUCGUCUUGCUUUUGGCUUUGGUUUUGGUUUUUGGUUGACAUUGAGAGCUGAAGAUCUUUGAAGGCAAGGAAGAGGCGGUUUCUGGUUCUGCGUCUCUUGAUGUGAAGUUUGCUUACCUUCUGCUCCACACUUCUUUUUGUUGUUUGGAGCUGAAUCUAAGUUUUGUUUUGUUUUCCGUAGAGUCUUUGGGGAGAUUUUUUUUUUUUUUUUUGGGGGUUCGGAUACAUACUUGUUUGGGAGAUUUGGAUUUCUGGUGUUGACUUGAACUGAAUUAAACCAGUAGACAUGGUGACCGGGAAUAUAUUUCAUUGUAGAAAGAAUUCAUGGCCGCCUGAGGAGUAUAUCAGCAGAGCUACUUUGCAAUUGUUCGAUUUUGAUAGUGCUGCCCCACCGGAACAAGCUUGGAGAAGGAGAUUAAACAGCCAUGCUAAUAUUCUUAAAGAAUUUAGCGUCACAUUUAAGGAAGCAAUUAAAAUGGUUACAUUGGGUAUACGUCUGUGGUCUUAUGUCAGGAAAGAGGCAUCUCAUGGAAGGAAAGCACCUAUUGACCCUUUCACUCGAGAAAAAUGCAAGCCGUCCGCAUCUCAAGGGGUUCCUGUAGGAGGAAUGGGGAGUGGAAGUAUAUCCAGAGGUUUUAGAGGCGAGUUCAGGCAAUUUCAAAUUACUCCUGGCACAUGUGAUGCUUCACCUGUUAUGGCUAACCAGUUUUCUAUAUUUAUAACUCGUGAUGGUGGGAACAAGAAGUAUGCAUCUGUUCUGGCUCCAGGACAGCAUGAAGGGUUAGGGAAAGCUAAUGAUCAUGGUAUCUCAUCGUGGGGUUGGAAUCUGAGCGGCCAACAUUCCACAUACCAUGCUUUGUUUCCAAGGGCAUGGACAAUUUAUGAUGGUGAGCCAGACCCCGACUUGAAAGUGUCUUGUCGACAGAUAUCACCAUUCAUACCACAUAAUUAUAAGGAUAGUAGUCUUCCUGCAGCUGUUUUUGUAUACACGUUGGUGAAUACUGGGAAAGAAAGGGCAAAAGUCAGUCUUCUCUUUACAUGGGCGAAUUCCAUUGGAGGAAUUUCUCAUUUGUCAGGAGAUCAUGUGAAUGAACCAUUCAUAGGCGAAGAUGGGGUCUCUGGUGUACUUCUACAUCACAAGACAGCAAAAGGGAACCCUCCUGUUACUUUUGCAGUUGCUGCAUGUGAGACCCAGAAUGUAAGCGUGACUGUCCUUCCAUGUUUUGGACUGUCCGAAGGAAGUCACGUAACAGCGAAGGAAAUGUGGAGUUUGAUGAUGCUGGAUGGACAAUUUGAUCGUGCAAAUUUCAAUGCUGGUCGAAGCAUGCCUUCAUCUCCUGGGGAGGCAGUUUGUGCAGCGGUUUCAGCCUCUGCAUGGGUAGAACCUCAUGGAAAGUGUACUGUUGCCUUUUCUCUUGCUUGGUCUUCUCCAAAAAUAAAAUAUUUAAAGGGAAGCUCAUAUCAUAGGAGAUAUACUAAAUUCUAUGGCACCUCUGAAAGAGCAGCUCUUCACUUAGUUCAUGAUGCACUGACAAAUUACAAGCGAUGGGAAGAAGAGAUUGAGAAAUGGCAAAGUCCUAUCCUCAGGGAUGAAAGACUACCAGAAUGGUACAAGUUCACAUUGUUUAAUGAGCUCUACUUUUUAGUUGCAGGUGGAACAGUUUGGAUUGACUCUUCUUUACGAGAAGAAAACAUGAAAAAUGAUCAACAUCAACUAUCAACGGUAGAAAACAGAGAUGCUAAAGCAAAUGAAGCUGAAGUGAAUUGUUGGAGCAGUAAAGUUUCUGAACAUACUACCACUCGUGGCUGUAAUGGUUCUGCUGGUAUUGGAUAUAAAGGAAACACUAACCACUCUAUCCAACCCUUGAAGCUGCUUGAUGUGCAGGAUGAUAGUGAUGAUGUUGGUAGGUUUCUGUAUUUGGAAGGAGUAGAAUAUAUCAUGUGGUGCACAUAUGAUGUGCACUUCUAUGCAUCCUUUGCUCUUCUUAUGCUUUUUCCCAAGAUUGAACUCAAUAUUCAACGUGACUUUGCCAAAGCUGUCCUGUCUGAGGAUGGAAGAAAAGUAAAGUUUCUUGCAGAGGGUAAUGGGGGAAUUCGCAAGGUUAGAGGGGCUGUACCUCAUGAUCUGGGCACUCAUGAUCCUUGGAAUGAAAUGAAUGCAUAUAACAUACAUGACACGAGCAAAUGGAAGGAUCUGAAUCCAAAAUUUGUGCUUCAGGUCUACCGAGAUUUUGCUGCAACAGGGGAUAUGUCAUUUGGUGUUGAUGUCUGGCCUGCAGUUCGUACUGCAAUGGAGUACAUGGAACAAUUUGAUAGAGAUAAUGAUGACCUCAUAGAAAAUGAUGGGUUCCCAGAUCAAACAUAUGAUGCUUGGACUGUUCAUGGUGUAAGUGCUUACUGUGGCUGCUUAUGGCUUGCUGCACUCCAAGCUGCAGCAGCAAUGGCUGUUCAAGUAGGUGACAAAUUCUUUGCUGAACAGUGCAAAAUGAAAUUUUUGAGUGCAAAAACAGCAUUUGAAGCAAAACUAUGGAAUGGUUCUUAUUUCAAUUAUGAUAGUGGGUCAAGUAGUAAUAGCAAGUCUAUACAAGCAGAUCAACUUGCAGGGGAAUGGUACACGGCUUCUUCAGGUUUGCCUCCACUUUUUGAAGAUUUCAAAAUAAGAAGUGCUCUCCAGACGAUAUAUGAUUUCAAUGUCAUGAAAGUUAAAGGAGGCAGGAUGGGUGCUGUUAAUGGAAUGCACCCAAAUGGAAAGGUUGAUGAGACUUGCAUGCAGUCACGUGAAAUAUGGACAGGUGUCACUUAUGCAGUGGCAGCUAAUAUGAUCCUUGCUGGAAUGGAGGAACAGGCAUUCACUGCUGCUGAGGGUAUAUUCAUUGCAGGCUGGUCAGAGGAGGGAUACGGAUACUGGUUCCAGACUCCUGAGGCAUGGACAAUAGAUGGGCAUUUCCGAUCUCUUAUAUAUAUGAGGCCACUUGCAAUAUGGAGCAUGCAAUGGGCACUAUCAAUACCCAAGGCCAUUCUUGAGGCUCCUAAGAUCAAUAUGUUGGACAGACACCAUGUUUCACCCGCUAGUUCCAGAUUCUCUCUCAGCGACACUGGUGUUAGAAAGAUAGCAGACAAAGCAAAAUGCUUUGGGAAUUCCGUAUUAAGCUGCACAUGCUGACAUUACAUUACAUGUAAGUUCUUGUUCAUUAAGGUUUUUUCCUCUCGCUCUCAUGAACCCUUCCCUGAAGAACUAAAUGCCUGGAGGGUGUCGGGAAGUCUUUCUUCGUAGUCAGCUGAAUAAAAACUAUAUAUCUAAAUAGGUGACAAAUAUAGAAGUCCUUUUAUUUAAUCAUUAAAUGGCGUCUGUAACUAUUCUUUCAUCCGAAUUAGUUGACUAUCUUAUAGUCUUUUUUCAUGUUUCUUUCGUUUUGUUUCCGAUACAAGAAAUGGAAAUUUCCAUUAGGCACUCACAGCUGGAGAUCUCACAAGUCACAACCCCUGUAAUAUCGUUCAUUUUUCAUCUUAUGAGUAAUAGGACUUGGGAUCAUGGGGCUCUACCCUUCAACCUUAUGUGACUUUAUGCAGCAAUAUAUAUAUAUAUAUUGAAGAAAACAUUAUUUUAGGCCUCUUUGUAGAAAAUAUUACAUUAAGUCUGGUGGAUCGUUUUUCUCUU